ACGGUACAAUUAGUUACACAGCGCUUCGUCGGCAUAAUCACACGUUCUUGAUCACAGCCCAGUCAAUCAGGUAUUACUAUAAAUCGCCAAACCACUUCAUGAAGCUGGAGUUUGAUGGACGACUGAACAUCUAUGAUUGGAAUGCUGGUGGGAGUGAAUGGGUGCCUGAGGAGCUUGCGAAUGAACACUCGGAUCAAUGUCUAUAUCCCCUAGUUUGUGGCACCUUGGGUGUUUGCAAGAACGGACAGUGCAGUUGCCCACUCCCUCCUGGUGACAAAACCGAGUACUUCAAGCCCUCUGAUGCUCAACUGCCAAAUUUGGGGUGCGAGGAAGUAACUCCAGUCUCCUGCAAUGAACCUACUCCCAGCAGUUUAGUAUAUUUUCGAAACUAUUCUUAUUUCGCUUAUGUCGACUCCAGUGCAGCAGUAGGUAACAUAAUAAAUGUUAACGCAUGCCUUGAAGCUUGUUCGAACAACUGCUCCUGUAAAGCCGUCUUCUACAAUUCUCAGAAUGAAAAUAGCAGCGGUAACUGCUACUUAUUAGAGCAAGUUUUCUCAAUUAGGGUGGACACCUUACCUGAAAGGACCUAUAUUUCCAAGGCAUUUUUUAAAGUGCCAAAGACAUUUCAGCCUCAAGCUCCACCUGAGUCGCAAGGUGGAGGAGAACAGGGUAAGAAAUACAAGAUUGCCAGGUCCAUCAUCGGAAUUGCAGUUGCAUUGUUGGCAGUCGCCGUUUUCCUUGCCGGAACUAUUAUGUUUCUACUUAGAAGAAGAAGGGAAGAAGAAGAGGAUGAAGAGGAAGAUGAAUUGGAGCAAGUGCCUGGAAUGGCACCUAGGAGAUUUUCUUAUGAAGAAUUGAAGAUGGCCACCGAGGAUUUUCAGACGAUUCUUGGCCAGGGAGGGUUCGGUUCUGUUUUCAUGGGAAUCCUGAAUGAUGGGACGCGUAUUGCAGUGAAGAGGUUGGACAACGUAGGGCAGGGGAUGAAGGAGUUUGUAGCAGAGGUUCAAACAAUUGGUAGCAUUCAUCACUGGAAUCUGGUAAGACUGGUAGGUUUCUGUGCCAGGAAAUUACACAGGCUUCUAGUUUACGAGUACAUGUCUAAUGGCUCUUUGGAUAGGUGGAUCUUCCAUGAAAAUGAUAACCCAAAACUUGACUGGAAAACUAGGCAGAACGUCAUAAUCGGCACGUCUAAGGGAUUGUGCUAUCUUCAUGAAGAGUGCAGCCAGAGAAUUGCGCACUUUGACAUCAAACCGCAGAACAUACUCCUGGAUGAAAAUUACAACGCUAAGAUUUCAGAUUUUGGCUUGUCUAAGCUGAUCAGCAGAGAUGAGAGCCAAGUGGUAACCACCAUGAGGGGAACACCUGGUUACCUUGCACCGGAGUGGUUGAGUGCAAGCAUCUCAGAGAAAGCCGAUGUUUACAGCUUCGGAGUAGUGGUCAUGGAAGUUGUCUGUGGAAGAAGGAACCUGGAUUUUUCUCAGCCUGAAGGAAGCAGAUACUUACUAAAACAGCUGCAAUCCUUGGCACCAGAGAACCAGCUGUUGGAUCUUGUUGAUAUGACGGAUGAAGAAAGAGCAUGCUAUGGAGAAGAAGCAGUGAGAGUAAUGAGGAUUGCAAUGUGGUGCUUGCAGAAUGAUGACACCAGGAGGCCUCGAAUGUCUUCAGUUGUGAAGGCUUUGGAGGGAACCAUGGAAUUGGAUGGCGACAUUGAGCUUGGUCUUUUCCAUGCAACGGUGCCUCAAUUAGUAUCACAAACAGAAAGUGAAUCCCAAUCUCUUUUAGUUUCAGCCCCUAGGUGAACGCUUGUCCUCACUUCCAUGGUCCUGAACACCAACACUUGGCUAUUGUUUUGAAGUACGUUUGACGCAAUCCUUUUUCUUCCAU